UGUCUAGAAAUGAUAUUUCUGGUUUUACAGGGUUAUUGAGUUUUAUGUCUCCAAAAACCUGCUGGCAAGUGCACAGGUGUGACUGAUAGAAAAGAAAAAAGAACACCCCCCUUCCCAGGAGAGCUGCUUGGAUUAGAAUGUGAAUGGGUGAGGAUUGAUAUGUGCAGUUAAUGCUUCACAAGAGACCCUCCCUCGGGGCCCAAGAGUCUGCAUGUUACAGAGCUGUGUUCAGUGGCCAGGAAUGAAGGAAGGACAACUGCUUCAGGUCAGCCCCUAAAUAUGAAUGCCUUUAUUGGAUUCCUGUUUCAUGCUCUGAGGUGAAGAGUCAUUUUAUCUGCAUUUUUCUCAGCCCAGAAUGGGCACCCUAUGUACAGCUCUGCUGUCUCUGCUGCUCUUGCCAACCAUCACAACAUCUCAGUGGCAGUGUCCAACCCUGGCCCCGAGCUUGACUCUGGACACUAAUAUCCAGUACCAGUUUCCAAAUUUCACAGCCUCUCGGCCCAUCCAGAACCUGGUUAGCCUGGAGGGCACGCUCUUCCUGACGACUACUAAUCACUUGUAUGUUCUCACAGGCAAUGAACUUCACAUAUUACAAAACAUCACCACUGGUCCUACUAACUCCCAGUGUACUCUGUGCUCCAAAUGCCAAAUGGGAAAUGCUUUACCAAGCCAGCCUGAGGACAAUGAGAACCAAGUCUUGGCAGUAGAUCCAGAGGAAAAUGUUAUAUACAGCUGUGGAUCCUCUCUACAUGGCCUUUGCUUCAUGCAUGUAAUUUCAUCCUCUAAGAUAGUUGACUCCAAGUGCCUUUUCAAUCAGAAUAGAAACAGUGCCUCUUUUUGCCCAGACUGCAUAGCAAGCCCCCUUGGAACAUUGCUAUCAGUAGUGACACAAAGCCGAGGAGUGUAUUUUUAUAAAGCAGCGUCACUGGAUUCGCGAGUUGCUAAAAGUUACAGCCCAACAUCCAUAUCUAUAAGGCGCCUCCUUGGAACUGAAGAUGGCUUUAGCACUGGCUUCCAUUCACUGACAGUGUUAGAGCCAUUCAGGGACUCUUACCCUAUCCAUUAUGUGCACACAUUCGUCAGUGGAUCAUACGUCUAUUUCCUGACUGUCCAGCCUGAACAUCCACUGUCCAAUACCUACCACAGCAGGUUGGUGCGUCUCAGCAACAAUGAGGAGGAAAUGCGAAGUUACCGAGAACUGAUUCUGGAAUGUCGCCUUGAGCCUAAGCGACGAAGAAGACGAAGAGCAGAACCUAAAUUUUUCAAUGUUUUGCAGGCAGCACAUGUUGCCACUGUAGGGAGCACACUAGCUGGGGAACUGGACAUUAGCGAGACAGACCCAGUGCUCUUUGCUGUUUUUGCUCAGAGUGAGCCAAUGAGUGCACAACCACGCAAAUAUUCCGCAGUUUGCGCCUUCCCCAUCCGCUUAAUUGAUCUCUCGAUUGAAGACGGGAUGAAUGCAUGCUGCUCCAACACCAACUCUGUGAGGCUGACAAGGGGACUUAAUUUCUUUCAACCAGAGAUGGAAUGUCCCCAAAAUUCUGACAUCACCUGUAAGAAUAUUCCCACAUUAGUGUUGCCCCCUUUACGACGUAUUGAUAUCUUCAAUGGGCAGUUGAAUGGGGUACUUCUCACCUCUGUGUAUGUUAGUCCUAAGGAAGAUCUGACCAUUGGCUUCCUUGGAACCUCUGUUGGAAGACUGCUGCAGGUGGUACUCCAGCUCAACAGUAACCCUCGCACUCUGUCUAACUUCUCUAUAAGUGAUAACCAUCCUGUAUCACGGGAGGUCGCCAAAAUUGAAGACAGUCUCUUUUUUAUUACUGGAAACCAGGUGACCAAAGUAAAUAUCACAGGCCCAGGAUGCCGUCACCUCCUCACCUGCAGCAGAUGCCUACGUGCCCCUCGCUUUAUGGGUUGCAGUUGGUGUAAAAAUGUCUGCUGUCAGCAGGGAGAGUGUGCGGGAGAGUGUGGACAGAAUACCUGCCUUCCUUCAGUGACUAUGUUUCAUCCCAAAACAGCACCAUUACGUGGGAACACGAAUAUUACCCUGUGUGGCCGAGACUUUCAGUCAAGUAUUGUGUAUAAUGCCCCUCCGAAGGCAAAGAUCACAGCAGAGACUCACAGAGUGAGCGUGGGACCUCGCAAAUGUAUCGUUAACCCUGGAAUGAGCAGUAGCACAAGUUUGGUAUGCACAUUGCAGACGGAGGGACCUCCUGACACAGUGUCUAUGGAAGAUAUAACUUUAACAAUUGAUGAGAACCUAACGGGGACUCCUUACUACAUAAAAGGAACAGUAUCUGCUAAAGGCUUCACCUUUGUGGAACCAGCUAUUAUCUCUAUUGAACCCAACUUUGGGCCCCUGGCUGGAGGUACCAAAUUGACGCUUAAAGGGCAGAGCCUGACAGCCGGAGAGACUCAGAGGGUUUUUAUUAAUGGAACUGAGUGCAAAAUGGUUAGCGGAUCCGGGUGCCCUGCAGAGGCUCUGUGCUGUGUGUCUCCCAAAUUCCUCUCUAUUGGAUCGUUAAAUGUCUCUGCUUUGUUGGAUGGAGCUCAGAUUCCUUCCUCAGAGCAAUUCCAAUACAAACCUGACCCAUCUGUCUCUGACAUCAGACCUAACUGCAGCUUGGCAAGUGGUACUCCCCUCACUAUACAGGGUUCAAACCUGGAUUCUGUCUCCAGCAUCAGUAUCAUCUUAUACAUUAGUGAAAAAAAGUUCAGCUCGGUUUGCAAAGGGACCUUCUCGCCAGACCGUAUUGUGUGCCGUACUCCGGCUUACAAUUAUUUUGGCAGACCUGGAAACUUGACCUUGGAGCUUGAUGCUGUUCAAUACACAUACCCUUAUCGCUUCCGAUAUCUCCAGAACUAUGUCAUUUACCCAUUCCAUCCGAACGAUCCCAAUGGGGGGAUCUUGAAGUUGAAGAAGGGCGAAAAUGAAAUUGACACACAUCAUGAAAACUUGGACCAGGUGGCCACGUGUUUGAAAGUCUCCAUGACAGUUGGGGGAAGAGAAUGCAACCCUACUGUGCGGAAGAAUGAGAUCACCUGCAGAAUUCCCCAAGCAAUGGUUAUUCCCUCUGAAGGCUCCACAGUUAAGGUUUGUGUGGAUGAUGACUGCACCGCCGUGGGACUUGUGAUGAUUGUGAACUUUCUUGAUCCAGUGCUGGGCAUUGUCCUUGGCAGUGUGGCCUCAGUGUUGGCAGUCGCAGUUCUCAUCUUCCUGCUUCUCCGACAUCAAAGAAAAAAUAAAAAGAAGCGAGCAGUGGAACAACUGGAACUGCUGUCAAAUAAUAACAGAGAACCACUCUUGUCCCCAGUUCCUCUUCUUCAUGGAGACUACAGGACAUCAUACUUAACUAGUAGCAGCUCUGGAGGGAUGCUCUCCCCCGGUGCAGGCUAUUCUGGAGGUAGCUUUGGUGGUGGUUCCAUGCCCAUCCUACUUACUAAUUUGCUUGACAGUCUGAGACCGGAACUGCUUGAGGAGGUUAAAGAUGGUUUAAUUCCGGAGAAAUGCCUGACGACGCAUCGGGACCAGAUUAUUGGAAAAGGUCACUUUGGGAGUGUUUACCAUGGCACUUAUGUGGAUGAAGAUCAGCAGGAGGUGCACUGCGCUGUCAAAUCUCUAAACAGAAUCACUGAUUUGGAGGAGGUGGAGGAGUUUCUGCGGGAGGGGAUUUUAAUGAAGAGCUUCCACCAUCCAAAUGUCUUAUCCCUCAUUGGCAUUUUUUUGCCCCAGGAAGGGCUCCCCCUUGUGGUUCUUCCAUUUAUGAAACAUGGCGACCUAAGGCACUUCAUCCGCAGUGAGGAGAGGAAUCCUACUGUAAAAGAUCUGGUUGGAUUUGGGCUGCAAGUUUCCCAGGGAAUGGAAUACUUGGCCAAUAGGAAGUUUGUACACAGAGACCUUGCUGCUCGCAAUUGCAUGCUGGAUGAGACGUUCCAUGUGAAGGUGGCCGACUUUGGUCUGGCAAGAGACGUGUUUGACAAGGAAUAUUACAGUGUCAGACGCCAUAAGAACGCCAGACUGCCUGUUAAGUGGAUGGCUCUGGAGAGUCUACAGACCCAGAAAUUUACCACCAAGAGUGAUGUGUGGUCAUUUGGAGUGCUGCUGUGGGAGCUGAUGACACGGGGAGCACCACCAUAUCCUGAUGUGGAUGCCUAUGAUAUUACUCGAUACUUGUUCAGAGGAAGGCGUCUGGCACAACCAGAAUACUGUCCUGACCCUCUGUAUUCUCUUAUGCUGAGCUGCUGGAACCCACAGCCUGAAGAGCGACCAACAUUUACCCAGUUGGUCAGUGACAUGGAAGUGAUCUCUAAUUCCCUUUGCGGUGAUCACUAUAUCAAUCUUAAUGUUACCUACGUCAACUUAGAUCGUGACCAACCUUUUCCACCUGCUCAUCCACCCUCGGAAGAGGAGCUUGAAGAGGAAUAUUCAUCAACAGAGGAAGAAGAGAACCCAGUAGCAUAAACAUUAGUGAUCACCCGAUCCAACUUGUGGAAGGAGGUCACGUAGACCAUGCAAGGCCUUUGUUUUCUGAGGAGAUGAGACAUUGACCAAAUAAUGUUUAUGAUGGCAAAGCCAUGUGAAAGGCUCAUCCAAUCAUAAUAGUUCUACCAUAAAAGUACUUUAUAGCUUUAAUUUGCACAAAUCUCCCAUUGGCACUGAAGAUAUUGAAUGUGUAUAUUUUUGGAUUCUCUGGACUUUUUAUAUUCAUUAUGUGCUAAACAGACAUUUAUAAGCUUACAUCAAGGCUGUAUCAUUAUGCUGGUCCACAGAGAAAUUUGAACAGGGUACAUGGUGGCAAAAAGUGGAAUGAUGGUUCCCAUUCAUGGUCAGUCUGGUGCACUGUCCAGGCAACAAUGGCUCACAUACACUGUGGUGCAACAAAGCACCAAAUACGUUCAUUCCCAGGGCUGGAUUUACUCGUUUGGCACCCCAAGGCAGCCAGAUAGGCCCGGGCCUUUGUGGCCUUGCCACAAAUCCGGGCCUGUUCAUUCCAAAGUCACUAUAUGCAGUCACUGAAAUGUUUUACGAGUGGCUUGUAUUUAAAGUCCCCUCUGCAGUAAUUUGGGUAGCAAUUCUAUUUGAGAGUAGGCAGGGCUUGACUCUUUGGUAAUACUUGAAAUGUAUAUGACUGUAUAUUUUGUGCAUAUAAUGUGAGCUUGUCACUGUGUAUGUGUUAGUGUAUAUAGUGUGUGUGUCUGCAUUGGUGUCGUCAUGUCUGUAUAUAUGUUACAUAGUUAAAUCGGGUUAAGAAAAGACAAAGUCCAUCAACUUCAACCCCCUUGUGGAAGGAGGUUAUGUAAACCAUGCAAGGCCUUUGUUUUCUGAUGAGGUGAGACUAGGGUUGCCACCUUUUCUGGAGAAAAACACCGGCCUUCCGAUAUAUUUAUCUUUUUUCCCUAUUAAUAACAUUGGGAUCAACCAUCCGGUAAAAUACAGGCCAGGUGGAAGCCCUAGAUGAGACAUUGACCAAAUAAUGUUUAUUAUGGCAAAGACAUGUGACAGGCUCAUCCAGUCAUAAUGGAUCUAUUUGCCGCCCAUAAAAGUACUUUAUAGCUUUAAUUUGCACAAAUCUCCCAUCGGCACUGAAGAUACUGAAUGUGUAUAUUUUUGGAUUCUCUGGACUUUUUGUCUUCAUUAUGUGCUGGACGGACAUUUAUAAGCUUCCAUCAAUGCUGUAUUAUUAUGCUGGUCCACAGAGAAAUUUAAACAGGGUCAUGCGCGUGACAACAUGGUGUGUAUAUGUGUGCAGGACGCAGUUUACAAGGGGAUUUUUUUAUGAAGAUAUAUUUUUGUGAUCCUCUACAGAAUGAAUCAUUUCCUGUAAAGUUUAUUUGGCCGGCCAAUGGAAGAUGUUUGAAAUAAACAGAAUGUUUUUAUCAUA